AUGCUGCUGAUCCUGCUCUCCGUGGCCCUGCUGGCCCUGAGCUCAGCACAGAUACCAGACAAUGAUGUCAACGCUGAAAGUGAUCCCGCUGUCAUAGCAGGACCACCUGCCAGAUAUGAUUCUGAUGAAGCAAAUGGCGAUGAUGGGACUGAACAGGACGAAUGGCACCAGGAUGAGUACCCAUCGUCUUAUCCUGGACACUCGGGCCCACCUGGACCCCAAGGAUCACCAGAAGAUUUAGGCAAUGGGCCUGAGCAGAGUCCACCAGAGGAGGAAGAGCACCAGGAUCAGAACCCACCAGCUUCUCCUGGACCCCAAGGACAACCAGAGAGUUCACUCUUCCGCAAUAACAGAGUGCUGUGA